AUGGUCUUUUGCAUUCUUUUCUCGCUCUUCUCUCUCUUCACCAUUGCCAUCUCUUCUUCCGUCUUUGUUUCUGCCUUUUCUUUGGUCAAUGAUUUUCAUGUCCUGGUUUCUCUUAAACAAGGAUUUCUAUCCCCUGAACCAGCUUUAACCUCCUGGAAUUCAUCAAAUCCAACCUCAGUUUGUUCUUGGGCUGGAGUUUUUUGCUCCCAGGACAGAGUUGUUUCAUUGGACUUGACAGAUUUGAACCUUGGUGGUUCAGUUUCAGCUCAAGUUUCAAGGCUUGAUAUGCUCACCUAUCUCUCUCUUGCAAGAAACAGCUUCAGGGGCGGCAUUGAGAUUGCUAACUUGAGUAGUCUUCAAUCUCUUAACAUCUCACACAAUCAGUUUACUGGUGGCCUGGAUUGGAACUACUCAAGUCUUUCAAACUUGCGAACUUUUGAUGCUUAUGAUAACAACUUCACUGCUUUACUUCCUCUUGGUGUUCUCACUUUGGAGAAACUCAAGUACUUGCAUCUUGGUGGCAACUAUUUCUAUGGAAAAAUCCCAGAAAGUUAUGGAAAAUUAGUGGGGUUGGAGUAUCUUUCACUUGAAACGAAUGAUCUUCGGGGGAAAAUUCCUGGUGAGUUGGGGAAUCUGACAAACUUGAGAAAGAUUCGUUUGGGUUAUUGCAAUUUUUUUGAAGGUGGGAUACCAAAGGAGUUUGGCAAAUUGGUGAAUUUGGUUCACAUGAAUCUCCCAAGCUGUGGUUUAGAUGGUCCAAUUCCUCAUGAGCUUGGGAACUUGAAGCUGCUUGAAAGUCUUUACUUGGGUGACAAUUUUCUUUCGGGUUCAAUUCCUCAUGAGCUUGGGAACUUGAAGCUGCUUGAAAGUCUUGACUUGGGUGACAAUUUUCUUUGGGGUUCAAUUCCUCGUGAGCUUGGGAACUUGAAGCUGCUUGAAAGCCUUCACUUGGGUUACAAUUUUUUUUCGGGUUCAAUUCCAAAACAGCUUGGGAACUUGACAAAAUUGGUGAACCUCACUCUCUCCAACAACGUAUUUACGGGAGAGAUCCCUUAUUCGUUCAUCAAUUAG